AUGAUUAAAUUCUUUGAAGUUUUAAUUUUAUUUUUUAAUUUAUUUUUUUUAAUUUAUUCUGAAAGUGGAGGAGAUACUAAAGAAUGUUUAGAAAAGGUAAAUAAAGGUGAUUGUGGAGCUUUUAUUUCCUGUUGCAAUUCAAAAUGCAAUCCAAACCAAAAUCAAAACCACAAAUGUUUUGCUUUUAUGGAUGAAAUUCAAAAAGACCAGACUUUUUGUUUUUGUUCAACCCCAACAAUAAAUAACAACCCUCCUCCUUCCCCUCCUUCCCAACCCCAACAAAAUCAACAAUCUUUUAAUAAAUUAUUUGACGAUUCUUUUCCAUCAAAAUCUUUAUUUUCUUUAAAUAAUGAAGAAUGGCUAAAAGUUGAUGAAUUAAAAAAGCUAGUUGUGGGGGAAACAGAGAGGACAACAUUCUCGCCUUUACCCAAUUGCUUUUUUGAAAUUGCUCACAUUUUAGUUACAAAUGCUUACUCUGAUUUGGAAAAUGUUGAACAGUUAAAAAUGCUUGUUAGAGACCUACAAGACAAAAGGGAAGCAAAAAUGCGAACUUCUAUAAUUAAAUUUAUGGAGCAAUUUCAAAAGGAGAAGGACGACAUUUUUUCUGACAAAGCUGUCAUUCACGCAAAUGCACAACUGAACAAUCUUUCUAGGCUAGAGAUAUGCUAUUUUCGGGCUGCUCUAACAGAACCAAGCAAAUGGCUAGAUAAACUUUUUUCAGUGAUGCAGGGAGGAAUGAAAUCACAAGAAAUUGAUGACUGA